AUGGCUUUGGAACCUUACAUUCUCGAAAGGAUGCAUUCAAUAUAUCGGCAAUUGCAGUUGCCAGAAUGUAAAAAAGCACUUGAGAACUCAGUUGGGUAGUUGAUCGGGACCACUAGCUUUGGAAACUCUGAUUGCACGUAUAGUAGUCUUUCCACUGUUAUUUCUGAGACAUUUUUGAUAGGAUAAAAUCUUCCGACAAAGGGAAAUUAAAUCUUUCAUGACACUGAAAAGUCCUCCGAUAAAUCCUAUUUCCUAAAUCUUCAUGAUCACUGUCCUCUACGUCAAACCUAAUCAUAGAUCUGAGGUCUGGCCGUGUUGAUUGCAAUCCAUUAAGCUGUUUUACCUCUCGCCACCAGUCUUUAGGCUUCGAAUCUUGGAGAUUGCGAACUUUAUUCUUAUUAUAAAUAUUACAACAGCGUUUUCUCUCUCGAUUUACAUUUACGUAACAUGCAGUUUAAACACAAUUUUGUUCAAAUGUUGUAAAAGAAGUGUUUCAAGGUGCUAGUCAUCCAUGGACGGUCAGUUGCGUGUACUUUAAAUUAUAUUUCUGGCAUCAUAUUUAAGCCAUAUAGUGAAAGAUUGCAAGACAAUAUAAUUUCCCAUGGGAUAUUUAUUAAUAGGAAACGGCCAAGCCUUGCAACAUUGCCAUGGUCUUUUAUCACGUAAUUUUGUCGUUCUCUUUCACGGGGUCGUAGAUUUUACGUUUUGCUCGGAACAUAGUGAUUUUUAUACAUUUAUUAUAGGCCCGGAGCAGUUGCGAAAUGAUUCUAUAGGCCCUCGGGCAGUGCUGGCAAAAUGCAUGGCAAAAAUUACAUUCGAAAUUUUCUUCCACAAAUUCCUUCAACACGUAGGGAAGUCUUGCAAUUGAAUCCCGAACUGUGCCAGAAUUUACAUUUAAAGCGUUUAGGCAAUGAAAUAUUCAACCUUAAUUGUGUCUGUUGGCGAAUAUAAGUCCAGCGAGUGAUAAGUGCACUUAUAAAGCGGCCAUAAUUACGCAAAAUUUUAUGUAAAGUAAAAGUUUGGUAUAUAAACGCUAUAAUAACAUGAUGUAUUUGUGUCUACUGACUUGCUGUAGUAUACAGUAUAUGACGUUUUAAAGAAGUUCAAAUGCCCAAGAUCAAGUCUGAAGAUUGCGUUUUAAACUGAGAAAGAUAAAUAUACAGAAGCAAUCUUAAUGCAGCAAAAUCAUGAAAUUGUUAUAUUUUUUGUUAAAAUACUAUACAAUUUGAGCCAACUACAGUACAUUACCGCCGUUUGUGCAUCACUAGUCGUUAUUCAAUUUUUGGAGAUCUCAGACACUGUAGUAAAAAAAUAAUUUUGUGUUUUUAUAGGUGUUCGUGUAAGUUCUACCGAUAUGAGUUGCUAGUUGGUGACCUCGAUUGCUCGAAUAUCGCUGUUGUCGCGAAGCUAUUUGUUCCAUUGGAAAGACAGAUUUGCCGAAUCCAUAGAAAAAAUAACUUGCUUUAUCCAGCACAAACUGACACAAACACGUUUUCAAUUGCAUUCCGCCCUUGGCAAUUUGAUGCCCGUGUUGACAAAAACUUCGCGUGUUUAUGUUCCUUACGUAUACUAGAUCUAACACAACUAAGGCCGGCGAGAGCCAACCACGGGCCCCGGGACAAAAUGACUAAUUGGUGAACACAGGCCCCCUGUCCCUCUCGACUCUCCCGCUGGCGCAUGUCCACGCCAAAGUCUAUUUUUAAUCGCAAUCAACGAGAGAAUUACCAGAUAAUUACUUGCAAGAAAUCGCCUCAUAACUUAUAAAAACGCAUGUGAACGAUGUUCAACUAAUUGUUUUUGUUGAGAAACCGAUUGAAAAAUCGUUUAUUUCACAUUUGGUACGUACGUUUUACGAUCGAUCACGACGAUUUCCGGGCCCUGCAAUGUUGACAUUAUUGACACUAGCACACACGUGACUAGAAAGUUAGUUAAGUAUUUUAGAAGCACGAGGCUAGGAAACCAGGAAGUAAUUGGAUACGUACUAUGCUGUUUGCACAAGUUGUUUGAUAUCUAUUGUUAUACUUAAAAGUGCUUGAUAUUGAUACAAAACCACGAACAUUACAAUGGUGACGCUGAAAGGCGUUAGGCCUCAUACAGUUGGCUGCUUUUGCUUAAAGUUUUUAACACAACUUGCAAGCUGGCAGCUGUAUAGUUGAUGUUAUCGGGUUGCUGAGAGGAGCGGGGUAUGUUCAGGACGCUGGGGCUGUAAUUUCGGCUUUAAAUAGUUUAUUAAUAAAUUUACUGUAUUUACUUCUUAUACGCGUAUAUCCAAGCCUGGAGACAGCUCGACAAAGUCGUCCUUGGACCAACUACAAAACUCUAUGCAUGCUAUAGUACAGCAUCGAAUUUAUUUUGUAACGCUCUUCAUGGGGGAAAUAAAGUCACACUCACCAAGACGGCAAAGUUUUACAUAUACUUGAACUGUCUGUGCCAGUCUAGGUAGUGCCAAUAAUAUGAACAAGCUUUCUUUGGUACAGUAGGCAUGCAACUAUCUGAAAAUAUAUAAGGAGAGUUUCGAAAUUUCGACCCUUCUUCUGGAGUUACUAGUAGCUGUAAACAGUUCUCGGGCAAACGAGUUAUUGUGAUGCAUUUCAUAAUAGUUUCUUUCAUAAAAUAGUCGUUGUUCAUAUUCCGGAGAAUUGGACAUCUUUCAUGGAAAUCGCACUCUCAACGGUAUUCCACACCCCAGCCCAUGCAUAACUUGUCUACGAAACUUGCACAACACAUUAAUAAUUAUGUACUUACUUUUUUAGGUCGGAGUUACAUGGUAUUUGCAUUCCAAUAACAAGAGCAAAGUUUAUGUUGGAUAUCAAACACAAAGGAUAUGAUGAGUUUAAUUGUGUCCGACACGUGGUGGUGGACGAAGCGCAAAACUUUCGAAAUGAAACUGGAGAGGAUUGGUUCAAAAGUAUUUUCAAGAUCUUAAACUGGCCGAACGAUUCACAGCAACACUACGAUAACACUUCGUUGUAUAUUUUCUGUGAUCAGCUCCAAAAGAUCAGGCGUGAAUACUGUGGAUUGAGCAUAUUAGAUUCAAAAGGCGAGCAUCAGAUGUCAAAUCUUUUUCCCACAGAAUGCCGCCUCAGUACUGUGAUUCGCAACAGCAGAAAGAUCUACGAGCAAUGGGAAAAGAUUGCACUCAAGCAGUCGGAUUUCGAAAAGAGAAAUCAACUGGGGAUAGGUCAUGACUACGAGGGACGCGAAGUUAAUGUUGUCAAUUUAUCGAGUUCCGACGAAAUUUUCAGUACAGUUAAAGAAACAAUUGUUAAAAUUCUAGACGAUAAGGUAUACAAGGAAAGUGACGUUGCAGUUCUUUUCAACAAGAAGGAUAUAGCUGAACGUUUUGCGAAACAUAUUGAGGCGUCAAGCAUAAGUGUCACCGAUGCCGAAGAGUUUCCCCGCCGAGGUUUGGUAGUGGAUAGUUUCCGGCGCUUUAGUGGGCUAGAUGCACCUGUAGUAAUAGCCGUUGCUCCUAAGUCAUAUUCAGAUUAUGAAAAUGAGGAUAAAGUCAACAUUCUCUUGUAUUCUCGAGCUAUGGUCGAAUUUCAUAUUAUUGAAUAAAGGAAAUUCAAUAGUGACUUGAAAAGAGAGGGACGUUUGUGCCAUUGUAAUCAGGUGAUGAGGUACAAAUAGGUUUGUUGCGUUCUUGCAUGCAUCUAUACGUUUGGGAGCUAGCGUCUGAUUGCGUGGGUGUUCAUGACGAUCUCAUUUCUUUGGUGGUUGAAGAAUGUAUUAUUUUAUAUAGGUAGGUGGAUAAAUUUUCUUGCUGCAUGCUGAUUGGAGUGUGCGUUUCUGGAUGUUAAAGCCGGAAGUGUUAAGUUGAAGUUAGAUCGUUGAAAUGUCAAUGUUGAUUGUGUUAUUGUCCAUGCUGCGCCAUAGUUCUUUGAAUUCGUGGGAAUGUUUAUAUAGUUGGCGCUUGUCCUAGUAGCCGUUCAGUUGAAUGUAUGGCAAUUGUCACAUGCAUGUGUUUGUGGCGGGAAAGUGAUCUAACACGAAUGAAUAACUAA